UUUUCGUGUCACUUUCAAAAAUGACGCUUUUGAGUGUCUUUCCUGUCAAGCGUGGAUACAGAAUUUUUACGUAAUCUUAAAUUGUUUCUGCUCAACAACACUUUGUCUGGCCAAUAGUCGACGGUAUUUCAAACUAAUUACAACAUAAAAACAAAGUGUUUUAAAGAUCAGAAUUGAAAUUGUGGAAAUUUUCGCUUAGAUUUUUACAUUAAACUAAAAUCAUAAUGGAUAAUUUAAACGGAUCAGUUGAAAAUAUCACAAUAAAUAAUGCAGAUGAUAUUGACUUACCUGGUAUACGUGUGCCUGAUAUGAAGCGUAUUAAAAAUGCACGUAAGGAACGUGCAAAUCAACUUAAAGAAUGGCUGAUCUAUGAUAAAAAAAUGCAGAAGGAAUCAGAAAAAUUACAAAAGAAAGGAUUAUCUCCACUGAAUGGUAGAAGACAUUAUAACUCUAGUCGGGCUGUAAAAUUUCCUCAAAGUCUAAUAUUUUUAGAAGCUGCUGCUCGAGGAGACCUAAAUGAAGUUCAUGAAUUACUCAGCAGUGGAGUCUGUCCAGAUGUAGCCAACGAAGACGGGUUAACAGCAUUGCAUCAGUGUUGUAUUGAUAACAAUUUGGAAAUGUGUCAGCUACUUCUACGAUAUGGAGCGAAUCCUAAUUCUCGUGACACAGAAUUAUGGACCCCAUUGCAUGCGUCAGCCACAUGUCAUCAUACAGAUAUGUGCAAAAUCCUGAUUGAUCACGGUGCAGAUCUACUGGCUAUGAAUGUUGAUGGUAAUAUGGCUUAUGAAUGUUGCAUGCCUGGACCAACAUUAAAUCUAAUAGAAACUGAAAUGGAUAAAAGAGGUAUAACACAAGAACAAAUAGAUAAUUGGCAUCGGGUACCAGAAUGUGAAAUGCUUUCAGAUAUGGAAGCUUUAUACAAAUCUGGUGCAGACCUUGAUCGAUUGGAUUCACAAGGAGCAUCUAUGUUACACAUUGCAGCGGCUAGUGGCUUUGAAGAAGUUGUUUUGUUUUUGUUAAAACGUGGAGCGAAAAUUGAUCUACCUGAUAAAGAUGGUUGGCAAGCUAUACAUAUUGCAGCUUGUUGGUGUCAAUUAGAAAUCGUUGAAUUACUUGUAAAUUUCGGUGCAGAUAUAAUGGCUAUGACUAGGAAUGGUGAAACAGUUUUUGAUAUAUGCGAAGAUAUUGAAAUGCAUUCACGUUUAAUUGAAAUUAAACAAGAAGUGGAAAGAAAAAAAUCUCAACAACAAGACUUACUUAAUAGACCUGGUAAACCACGUGAAUUGGUUCGUCGACGUAGCAGUACAAAUCCAAGAAGUGCAUCUAUACGUCGAACAAGUAUGAGAGAAAAGAAAUUGAUCUCUUGGAAAGAAGCUAAACAGGAGGCUGAAAUGCGUGGUGUAGCUACACCAUCAGACGAAAAGGAUACAUCAACACCUUUAAGUCCUAUACCUAAUGGAUCGACAGAUCAUAUUCUUGAAAAGCCUACAACCUGUCUAGAUUCCCAAGGACUAACUAGUCCCAAAACAAUUCGUAGUUCUACACGUAGUUCCCAUCCCGGUCAUUCUUCGAAAUCUUCAAUUCCGCCAGUAUCGUCUCCAGUUUUAUCUGGUACAUUAACACAGCAUGGCAGUUCUCGGUCAGGCAGAGUUCAUCAAAACGACACAGCUAUUACAGUUAACGGUUCUGCUCCAUCACCUAACCUUCGUAAUUCAUCUCGAACGAAAGAUAAAGAGGUCAACCUACCUAAACGCAACAAUCCACCGCCUGCACAAAAUAACGAACCUAGUCCAAUAAGUGUUGUUAAUUCAUCUCCUAUUACUGUUCAUCGUACAAGCCAUGAUAAAGAAUCGCACUCUGUGUGACGGUCAAUUAUACAAUCAGGUUGUCCAAGCUAAAUUGGGAGAAUCGACAUUGGAACUAAUGAUCGACUUAUUGGACGGUGAGUCCCCUAAACUGUGAACUAACCCGCUAAAGCUUGAAAUGUUUUUAGAAUCUCCUGUAUGUUUCAUAGCCAUACUUUGUAGAUUUGUCGUCUCAAUUAGGAAGUGAUGAUGGGGUAUUAAAUAGUCAAAAUACCAUUCCGUUUUACACCUUUGGCAUAAGAAGAUAAAAGUGUAUGAAAUUAUUUUCGGUUUCAGAGAACUGUCAGAAUUCCAUCAGGUCCUGUACAAAAUCCUGAAAAUAUCGGUACAUUGACACGACGAUCCCAGCAGACAGAAUACAGUAGUAAAUCUCCACCAAUUGGUUCACCUGAUCUAUCUCCUUAUCAUCUAACUCCAAGUUCUCAACUACGACAGUCAAAAAGUCGAACAAUAUCUGGAGUUGAAGGGUUAUCUAAUCCAGAACAAUCUGGAUCUCAUCUGAAAUCCCGAGUAAAUAACUAUGAUAACACAUAUGCAUCAUCUCUUCCUCGACGCGACAACAACCAGACAACUGAUUUAAACAAUCAACCCGUUCGUGGAGAAAGACGUUCGUCCACAAGGAAGAAAAAAGCAACAUCUUCAGAACAAAAACUAUCAAGAAACGACAAUAGAGAAACUGAUAUUUCAGUUCAUAAUGCGUAUUAUGCACUACCAUCUAAUAAUCAAUUUCAGAACAAUCAACCUCGUAACGACCAAAUUCCUACUGACAACCAAAAUAUCAUUGUACGCUCUCCAAACAUAAAUCGUAAUGAUGUUAAACCAUCAACCAGAAGUAGAACCAAUUCAGGACAAGUUGUAUACGCAACAGCCUCUCUACCAAGAAGGGAGUUAAUCAAUUAUGGAGAUGAUUUAGGCUCCAGACCGAGUGGUAAAUGCUGUGUAAUAAUGUGAUCCAAUGAUACUUAAUUAUAACCAUUCUUUUCAUUUAGAAGCUAUUCUUGUCUAUUUUACAUUCAUGAACUUUUCCACAGAUACAUGUCUACCUGUAACAAUAAAAAAAAGCAAGAUUUUCUAAUUAAGUGAUAUAUACACAUAAGGCGUUUGUUCCAUUUCACAGUAACAUAAUCUUGUUGGAUUUAUCAAACAUUGUACAUAUUUACUCGUAUCCCAUUUUUCGCCUCUUUGUUUUUGUUUGAUUUUCUGCUGACCAGUUCUUUUUCUACUUAUCCAGUCACCAAAACUGAAUAAAAAACAUGAAAGAAACGUUAUUAACUUUAUCACGUAUGAUGCUUUCACAGUCCUAAUUUACCUAAUCAAAACAGUAUUUUCUAAGUUAAAUGAUUUUGAUUUUGUUCAUAUAUGAAUUAAUUUAUUUUCAAUAACUUUUUAACGUAGAAAAACAUUUCAAUUGAAUUCAAUAAAAAAAUGUUUGUGUAUGUAUUUAUGUGUAUGAAUGACUGAUUUUAAUCAUGCUACACUUUCAUUUGCUUGUUUAGUUAGUUACAUGCAGAGUACUAACUGAUAAAUUUAUUGUUAUGUAGAAGAAAAGCAACAAAUUGAUUAGGUUAAUUUCACUGUCUGUUUUUAAAAUUCCAUAAAGCUUUUUUUUUUUACUGUUCAUAAUUAGAAUACGUUGAAAUAUGAUAGCGUGUAU